AGCGAUUAGCUAAGGCUUUAAAAAAAGAAGAGGGGGAAUAACCAGAAAAAUAGCGUGGAAAAAAGAAUACAGCGAACUCGGAGCGGGGGAUCGGAACCCUAGGCGAGGCCGGCGGCGAUGGCGGCAGCGCCGGAGACGUACAUCGGGAGCGUGAUAAGCCUCACGUCGAAGAGCGAGAUCCGGUACGAGGGCGUCCUGUACACCAUCAACACCGAGGAGUCCAGCAUCGGGCUCAGGAACGUUCGUUCGUUUGGAAGUGAAGGUCGUAAGAAGGAUGGCCAACAGAUUCCUGCUAGUGAUAAGAUAUAUGAAUAUAUACUCUUUCGAGGAAGUGAUAUAAAGGAUUUACAAGUCAAAUCCUCUCCACCAGCUCAGCCUGCUUCUUUACACAAUGAUCCAGCUAUUAUUCAGUCACAUUAUCCUCGGCCUUCUUCAUCAUCAGCAAGCUUGCCUCCUGCUGCAAGCUCAACAAUAGCUGAACCUACUUCACAAAAUGUUCAGUCAAUGGUUCAGAUGCCACCACCAUCUCAAGGGAAUUUGCAUCCUACCCCACAAAGUGUCCAGUCAGGAAUUCAGAUGCCACCUCCAUUUCAAGGGAAUUUGCCUCCUACCUCACAAAAUGUUCAGCCAGGCAUUCAGAUGCCACCACCAUUUCAAGGGAAUUUGCCUCCUACCUCACAAAAUGUGCAAACAGGAAUUCGGAUGCCACCACCAUAUCAAGGGAAUUCACCCCCUACCUCCCAAAAUGUUCAAUCAGGGAUUCAGAUGCCACCUCCAUUUCAAGGCAAUUUGCCUCCUACCUCACAAAAUGUUCAGUCCGGAAUUCAGAUGACACCACCAUUUCAAGGGAAUCCAUUUCAACCUCCACCCAGCUUACCUACAUGGAACUCGUCACCUAUGCCAUCAUCUGUAAAUGGAAGUGGCCUUGCAAUGCCACAAAUGUACUGGCCAGGAUACUACACUGCACCAACUGGGUUUGCUCAUUUGCAGCAACCACCCUUUCUUCGCCCCCCACACGGUUUGACAGUUCCGCAGGCCCUUCAGCAGUCUGUACAAUAUCCUGGACUCAAUACAUCUUUGCCAGCUGGCUUUCCAAGCAUGCCGGACUUUCCUUCUUUACUGCAACCUAGUAACAAUCAAAGCCAAACUUUAGGUGCAUCUGCAUCUACAUUGUUGUCAGUCCCUGCCUCAUCAAGUGGUUCAGCAAGUGCAUCUGCAACUGAAACCCAAGUGAGCCAGUUACCAAAUAAGCUGUCAGCUGUUUCUGCUUCUGCAUUCUCUGUGGGUUUAACCCCCCCACCUGUCAACCCAUCCACUUCCACAAUUGAAACCAGCACUCCCCUGUCCCAAGGCAUGCCUUCUGUAGUGAAGAAUAAGCCACCUGUUCUACCUGACUCUAGUGUGGCUUCUCUUAGCGGUGACAAGCCUGACAAUAUAUCUGCUUCUAUGUCAACAUGUCAACCUUCUCAGCCACCAACUGCAAACAUUGCAUCUAGUGCAAUUACUGUUGCGGAAUCAAUUGCAUUGGUCACUCCUGGACAGCUUCUGCCAACGAAUUCCUCGACUUCAUCACAGACCAUGCAAACUACUGCUGUGGUUCCAUCUUAUAAGUCUCCAUCUGUGGUUUCAUCCUCUCAGGCUGCCUCUACAGCUCCAUCCGCUCCAUCUUAUAAGUCUCCUUCGGUGGUUUCAUCCUCUCAGACUGCCUCUACAGCUCCAUCCGCACAUGCCAAUUCUUCUGCAGGUUCACGAUCGCAGGUUGCUUCUUCUACUGUUUUAACAUCGCGACAGCUAGAGCCGAAUAAUGAAAAGAAAGACGCUAAGCAGGCUGAACUGAAGGCUAAACAUGUGGGGUCUCCAUCUGAAAAUAAGGAGCCUCUGUUGCCAGCACCAAAGCCCAUUCUUCAGAAGCCUGCUGAAGCUUCCUCACAUGUUCAGUACAAUAAUAGAGGCCGAGGCCGUGGAAGAGGUCGAGGAAGAGCAAAUCUGCAACCACGUCCCAUAGCCAAGUUUGCAGAGGACUUUGAUUUCAUGGCUAUGAAUGAGAAAUUCAACAAAGAUGAAGUAUGGGAUCAUCUCGGUAAAAGCAAUGGACAGUUUACUGACGACCCAAAUGAAUAUGAUGACAAUAUUGUAGAAGACGAUGUGGUGUCUCCUGGAAAACCGGAGGUUAAGCAUGUGUAUGUCAAAGAUGACUUUUUUGAUUCACUCUCAAGCAACACAAUUGAUAAUGGAGCUAGAAAUGGAAGAAUCAAAUUCUCUGAGCAGAGAAAAAUAGACACAGAGACAUUUGGUGACUCUGCAAGGCAUCGACCUAUGGGCAUGCGGGGUGGAGGAAGGGGGCCCCGUGGUGGAGGCCCUCGUGGUCGUGGUGGCUACUAUGGAAGAGGGUAUGGAUAUACAGGGAGGGGACGCGGCUACUCUUACCCAAACCAUCAGUGAUACAACAAAAGGCGGGUUUUCUUUCAGCACCUGUAAUACAAGUGAUGAUGGGGGAGGCUGUAUCAAUACUGUAAACUGUAUUUUGGCUAUUGGAGGCAGAAAACAUGAUGGUUAUCAUCUUCCAGCUUGACUGACGAAGCACUCAAUUAUCUAGCAGCUGAUUUGGUAAAUUAAGAAUCAUUGGGCUGACCGCAUAUUGGGUCGCCGUGGUUAGAGAAAUCUGUCCACUUUCCUGAUGGUCUUGAUGCCCAUUUUUCACUUUAUGGAGGUAUGAACCAGACUUCUGGAUGGAGUGAGCUAUUGAACGCAGUCCUGUUGUGGCGGUGGGACUGGUUGUAUCAGCAGAAUUGCUAUGGAGUUAACGAAGUGCCUUGUACAAUUGUCAAACUUAGAAACCGGGUGCUCCUAUUUUAUCGCAUGCUAUUUAACUUGUCCCCGUCUUGUAGCUUGUGGUGCUAUUUGAAGAAUUUGCAUGAUCACCUUCUGGAUAUGAGCAAGUUCAUUAUACAAUCUGGAAUUGUUAGAUUUGAGGUUA